AAAAAAAUAUUUGAAGAAAAUUCUUUGUUCUGUUGCUCUUGAUUAUUGAUAAUGACAAUUUAAAAUAUCUGAAAUAAGUUUGUAGCACAAAUCAUUCAAACUAGAAAAUACCAAUUACAUGGGAACACUUUGGAUUAGAUUUAGAGGCUUCAAAAGUGUGACUGAGAAACAUCACUGGUCAUUUCAUAUCUUUUAAUUUUUUGAAUUUCCUCAAGAUAGCUAAUCAAGUUUCAAUAGAUGCUAGCAUAAAAGACAAGGAAAUGUUUUCAUGAUGUAAAACUGAAAGGCUUCAAAUGUAUGAAUGCAAAAGAUAACUGAUUUCAUUACAUUCUGGCUUCAAUUGGUGACACCAUUUUAGGAAAAAAAAAUGAUGAAUUUGUUAUUCCUUCGAAUUGUUACCAAUUGAGUUGAAUGUUUAGUCAAAUUGUUAAUACAUGGGUCCCAUUAUAUUCAUUUGUUUUCCUCAUAAACGUGGGAAUUCUUUAACAAAUAUUUCCUCCUCUAAUCUUGAUGAGGAACAAGUGGAAAACAAUAAUUAAAGUUUUAAAAAUUAAGAAAAAACAAAAACAAAAUAUAGAUAAUUCAAAAAAUGGCGCAAGACACUACUAAAGUAUUAACUCAUCGUCAUCCAAGAUCAAUUAACUGCAUCAUAUACCCCAAAAGAAGGAAACAAAAAAAAGUUUGAACUUAUCUUCUUAAUCUUAUGAUUAUCCUACUAACUCUAUAAAUACUUAAGUAUUCUUCCUCCUUAGAAAAUCUCAUUGACGAAAGCAGAAGCAGAGUUAAUAGAUUUAUGCUCUAUAUUUUCUUUUAGAAAAAGUGAAUUUCUAAUAGUUUGAGCAGCAUCAAAGGUAUUAUUAUAGAGCUAUAAAGUAAAUAGCGAUCAAAUUGUUACAAUUUUCUUUUUGAUUUGAGUUUUUGUUUACUAUAUUUUUGUUUUUAGGAUCAUGACAAGUUCUCGAGGAAAUAAUGCAUCACGCUUAAGAGACGAUGGUCUCGAAGCUGAUGGUGAAAGCGAUCGCGAAGGAUCGUAUAUUUGGAAGGAUGAGAAUUGUCAAAUUCUGCUUGAACUCAUUAUUGGGGAGUUAAAAGCAAAUGAUUACUCUAGUAGAAUGCCUAAUGUUGCUGGUAGAAAAAGAGUUGAAAACAAAUUGCUUGAGUUGACUGGAGACAAGAACGUCUUUUGGGAUCCUGAGAUAAAGAGCAAGAUCGCUUACUUGCGUAAACUUUGGCAAACAAAUAAUCAGUUGAUGAACCGUACUGGUGUUGCGGUUGAUCCGUCUAGUGGACAGAUAGUGAUGCCUUCAUCUUGGUGGACAGAUCUGAUUGCGGAGUAUGGAAAAUCUGGAAAGUUCUUUAGUGUUUUGCCAUUCAAAGAUUUAUUGGAUAAAAUAUAUGAUGAACAUGAUGUUGAGCAAGAUUAACGUUAUUCUCCAUUUACAUAUUCGGCACACCUGAAAGAGACACAAUCCCAAACACAAGAAGGCAAUCAAGAAGGUACACAACCAGUUUCAGAUGCGAGCAACUUGUCCGCAUCUCAUGAUGAAGUACCCAAACAAGCAAAACGGAGAAUAUCAAGCAGCCGUCCUCCAAAGAAGAAAAGCUAACUUUGAGGCGCAAGUCGAGAGUGGAUUUCGACAUGUGAUAGAUAGCCGUAAAGAUUUGCUAGAAGAAUUACGCUCACGCAAAAUUCAAAAACUAUCAUAUGGUGAUGCAACAGCUAUCUUGGAAAAGUUACCGAUUCAAUAAUAUAGGAAGGAUCGAAAAGAAGGUACACGAUAUCAUCUCCAAGAAUUUAUAGGUGGUGAACCACCAAGAAACAGUAAGGAAAUGUUUACCAGAUGGCUGAUAGGACUGUAUUAUAUAGUCUACGGAGAACUGAGUAUUGUAAAAAAUAAAAUUGAUAAAAUUAUACCAAAGAUUAAGAAAAGAAUGAUACAACUGCAGAGGCGAGAUAUUAUAUCUUUUCUUAACUCAAAAUAUGUUUCGUAGUGUGACGGUUCGAUAACGUAAUGAAUCCCAAGAUACAACUGCAAAAAUCUUCUGAUUUGCGUCACUCUAUCAGAAGCCUGGCGAAACAAGUUUUGUGUAUACUCUCAGACUCAAAAGAAGAUCAAAGAAAAAAAAUCAAAUAAAUAAGGAGGAUUGUAUAUUUUUCUGUAUAUUCUUUGCUACACAAGUGCUCAUAUUUAAAUGGAGAAAGUAUAACACCUUGUGAAAUCAUGGAGACCACUAACGUACCAAUGCUUUCAAUUGUAGUAAAGGAAUUUAAUUCCCAUGACUCAUUGUACAUUAGAUAUCAAAGUCAUAAUGCAUAUUUGACCAAAUCAAAUACACCAAUAUACUUUACUAGGUUUAUAUUUUUAUAUUUAAGAAACAUAAAAAUAUUUUAUGAAUAAGAUUUAAAACAGGUUAAUUGAUAUAAUAUCUAAUUAACCUAUUAAAUCUAAAUUCAAACCCAAAUAUCCAAAGUGACUCAUUUGCUAAAAUUCUAUAUUAGCCAAACUAAAAGCUUUGCAAGCUUUGUAUGUUAUUCACUUUGGACCUUCAUUUCUCAUUCAAUACAACUCUGAUUUUGACCAACAAAUAUACUAACUUUUAGUGUUCACGGUGACGAUUACAUCGUACCCAAAUUCUGGUUAUUCCGACAGACAUCUCCGUCGUAAAUUCCAUCGGAAAAUGGUCUACACCACUUUGCCAAAAACGAGUUCCAACAAUCCCCCACAUGAAUAAAAAUGAUUCUAUACUCAUGAAAAAGAGGAUUGAGAGUAUGAGCGAAAAAUCCAGUGCAUGAUGAGUUGGUAGCAAUUUUUCAGCCUUGAACCAGUCAUUGUUAAUAUAUAGCUAUCGGAUUUACUCGAACAUAAGGUGGCCAUGAUGUCUUGAAACCCCCAGACUUUGGUGUAAACCGAGAGAAUAGCUAUAACACAGCUUCAUUCUCUCACAAAACUAAUUUCUCUAUUGUGUUCAUUUUGGUGGUGAACAUUCUUGGUAAUCAUGAGUGAACUUGGAGAAUAUAGCAUUUCCUUCAUUCUCUUAGAAACGGCUCUAUUUCACACUCACAAGGUGAUUUGCCAUUAGUUUUGUUUAGAGGAGUAUCAUGUACUACUCCAUUCAUAUUUCAAAACAAUGGACACAAAUCAUUAAAAACUAAUGCUUAUCAUGUAUUCCUUACAUGUAGCACUGUUUAA